GACGCUACCGUACGAUACCCUUCUCCCCAACACAUCUGUUGAAAAAAACAUACACCACAACCGCUUCGUGUACUUCCACUCCGAUUCCCCUCCACUAUUUCAUCAAGAUUUGGAAAAUGAUACGCUCUGCACUUGUAAAACAUGCUGAUAGUGGUGUCAAUACUCUCUUUCGCAUUUGUCGUCCUAGAAUGUCGACUGCAACCUCAUCAUCGUUGUCGGGAUUUUUUUGUCCCCAUGCAACCAAUGACUUCCAAUAUUUACAAAAGAACAACAUUGGGAAUUCCCUCUUUAGAAAUACGCGUUUUUCAAAUGACUCGAUCACUAUAAACAGACGUUUUUAUACCCCUAUGACCAAGGAGGAAGAAGAGAUUGAAAAAGCUCGCGUGUCUCACUUAUCUCCAGAAGAGAAGGAAGAAGAACUCCGCAAACUCAAUCGAGAAAUUGCCAAGCUAGAAACAUUGAGAGGGAUCAAUACGGGAGAACUUUAUACUUGGAGCGGUCGUUACAAGGCACUAGUGAAGAAUUAUGGUUUCCCCUUGUUUGUUUAUUACUGGACCCUUUGGGCAACGAUGGGAGGUUUUGUCUACCUUGGAAUUGAUUUCGGUGGACUUGACGCAAUGGCUCUGCUAGAGCGAAUCGAUUCGAAUACGGGAUGGGCUGUGAGCGAGAAGGUGGAUCCUCAACUAGGAAAGAUGGGUGUAGCAUUGAUCUUAAACGAAUGUUUGGAGCCUGUGCGGUUGCCGUUCGUUGUGGUCACGUUGAAACCGGUGAUGGAUAUUAUAAGCCCUCCGAAGUAUUGAAAUUUCUCAGUAAUAUCGUGGCAAAGUUCACAUUUAAAAAAUGAACGAUUGAUCCAAUUAACACAUUGGGUGAAAGCUUACGUUGUAUGGCAGGGGGUUCGCAUGUGCGUAUGUUAUAUUCAGUAUGGAACAGCCUACCCAAAUGCACCAAAAUUACUAGUUACAGUACAGAUGACGAAAAUAAUAAGCUGAUUUUACCAAUUCUGACUUCUUCAUCAUGGCGCUAUCACUCUGGCCGUUGUUUCCAUGAAAAUCUUAUUUUGCGUCCAAUCCCAAGAGCAGGUUGGAGCCAGAUCCACCGCCUCCACCGCCGCCGGUAUUUGGAAGAUAGACGACGUUACGGCUGUUAGCGAGCUUUCCGGCAAUCUCCUUUGCCGCAUCGAUACGUCGGACUUCGAUAAUACCAUUUCCUGUCCUUUCCAUAGCUUGAGUGAUAAUAGUUGCUGCCUCUGCUUCUCCCUCGGCUCGGGUGACCAUUGCUUGUCGUUCUUGUUCGGCUUUCUUUACGACCCACUGUUGACGCUCUGCCUCCUGAGAUGCGACCUGCUUGGCUUCAAUUGCGGUCAUGAACUCCCUCCCGAAGGUAAGGUGCGUAAUGGCAACAUCGUCAAAUUCUAAAUGAAAGGUUUUCGCGCGCUUACUCAUUUCGCUCCUAAUGCGCUCAGAGACUUCCGCACGCUUGCUCAAGAGUUCAACAGCGUUGUAUUGAGCUACGAUUGACUUAAGGACUUCGUUGCCGAUAGAGGGUAGAACACGCUCGUCGAAGUCAGUUCCCAACUCGCGAUAGAUUUGAGGCAACUCGGAUUCUGUAGGCCUCCAAAGAACACGCAAUUUGAUAUUGACCAUUUGCAAAUCUUUAGUUCCAGUGACCGAAGGAAUUUCACGGGGUUUCGUGCGAAUGUCAAAGAUAAUAGGACGCUGGAUAACAGGAAUAAGGAAAUGAGUCCCUUCGCCGGACACAUCGGGCAAGAUUCCUCCUCGCAACUGAUCGAACAUGACUGCACGUUGCCCGCCGUCGACGUUGUAAAUGCAAGAGUUGAUACCGAAGGCUCCUACUGAUGCGACACCCGCCAAGCGUCCGAGACCUUUCAAUGCUUGUUGAGCCAUUUUGUUUGUAAGCUAUUAUGAGUGUUAAAUAUUG